GGCUGAAUGCUACUGGGCUCCGCUAAGUUUAGCUCUGGGCUCGAUUGGGCUCUGCCGUGCGCAGCUAGGCUCAGCUGCAUUCGGCUAGGUUUGGUUGUGCACCUACUAGGUUCGGCUGUGCGCCUCUGGGGUCUAUUGUGUUCCGCUGUGCGUUGCUGGGCCCAGCUGUGUUUGGCUAGGUUUGGCUGUGCACCUCUGGGCUCUGCUACGUUCGGUUGGGAGCCUCUGGGCUCGAUUGGGUUUGGCUGUGCACCGCUAGGUUCCGCUAAAUUCGGCUAAGUUCAGCUAGGUUCGGCUGUGCAUCGCUGGGUUUGGCUGAAUGCCACUGGGCUCAGGUUUCGCAAGGACGCAUGGGAGGGGAACAGACGGAGGUUUAUCAAGAUGGCGGAAGCGGAGGACUCUCCCGGAGAACAGGAGUCAGCGUCAUCCAAGCCUCUGUUUGCAGGGUUGUCUGAUGUGUCAAUUUCACAGGACAUUCCCAUAGAAGGAGAGAUUACUAUCCCCUCCAAAGCUCGUGCUCAACACCAUGACAGCUCCACACUAAAUGAAUCCAUUCGUCGGACCAUUAUGCGAGAUCUAAAAGCUGUGGGAAGGAAAUUUAUGCACGUUUUAUAUCCAAGGAAAAGUAAUGCCUUACUAAGAGAUUGGGAUUUGUGGGGCCCAUUGAUACUUUGUGUGACACUUGCAUUGAUGUUACAGAAGGGUUCCAUUGAUAGGGAGAACGAUGGAGGAGGCCCAGAGUUUGCAGAAGUAUUUGUUAUCAUCUGGUUUGGAGCAGUUACCAUCACGCUAAAUUCCAAACUUCUUGGUGGAAACAUUUCUUUUUUUCAGAGUCUCUGUGUCUUAGGAUACUGCAUACUUCCUUUGAACAUCGCAAUGCUGAUCUGCCGCCUGCUGCUUUUGGCAGGGCAGGGACCAAUAAACUUCAUGAUUCGGCUUUUUGUGGUGUUGGUGAUGUUCGCUUGGUCCGUAAUAGCAUCUACAGCAUUCCUUGCUGACAGCCAGCCUCCAAACCGAAAAGCCCUGGCAGUAUAUCCGGUCUUUUUAUUCUACUUUGUUAUCAGUUGGAUGAUACUCACAUUCACUCCAUAAAUCCGGAUACACACAUUCAAUACCAAUGAACUGAAGGCUCACCUGAAAGAUAAUGGUUACCAACAACUUUACCCACUCUUGUUCAAUACUUGGGGUAUUAAAAGGGAACAACAUA